ACACCAGGCAUAAGCAGUGAGUGAGUGAGUGCAUCGACCUUCCAUCAGCUACAUCUUUGCAUCGAUCUGUUCAUGGCAGUAGCAAUGCUCCCGAGGCUCGUUGCCAUGGCGGCGCUCGUCGCGCUGAUGUGCGCCGUUGCUGCCGCCCAGAAGGUACCUGCCGUCGGCGGUGCGCCGACGUGCGGCGUUGUCGAUCAGAACGUCGUGAAUGCGUGCUACGAGAGCUGUGGAAGAGGUAUGAAAAUUGCCACUGCCGACAGGAUUAUUUCGACGGGUACGAUCAAGGUUCAAGUGGACUGUUGCGUAGCCUUUGGAGGCCACUCGUGCAUGUGCGAGAUGAAGAAGAAGUGGAAGGCUCAGGGCAAAACUGCCCAGAAUAAUGUGCAGUGCGUCAGGGAAAAGGCCUGCUAAUGAGCACGCGCGGGAGGUCUCUUCGUGCAUGCAAGACCUCUAGUUCGUUUGAUAUGUGUGCUUCUUGCAUGUUAGUUUCAAGCGGUCGAUGUCCACCUGUUCCUUGCUUGCUUUUAUUUGCUUGUGUGUGUGUGUGUGUCGUGUGAGUGUGUUCUUUUUCUACGUCGGCCAGUUGAGUCUUUUUAGUCUGUACCAAUCAGAAAUAAAUGUGGGUGGAAGUUCUUGUGUCA